AUGGCUGAGCAGUGCCCGUUGACGUGCAACAAAUGUACAUCUACCACGCCAGGAGCACCGCCACGUAAGUUUGUCAGUCUCGUAACUUAUAUGGAUUUAGCAGCUCCACCAUGCCAAGAUCUUGUUCAUCCAGUAACGGGCAUAUCUGAUUGCCCUCAACGUAAGCAUUUGUGUGAAAAUCCCCUCUACCGCCAAUUAAUGGCUGAGCAGUGUCCGUUGACGUGCAACAAAUGCAAUCCUACAACUAUCACGCCAGGACCAACGCCACGUAAGCUUGUAUAA